AGUAAAGGAGAAAUUUGUCAAGUGCCUUCGAAAAGAAGCAGCAGUGGAGGAGAUGAUUUAGUUUUGGAGAAGCAGUGGAGGAGCUGAAGACUCAGAGUUGAUCUACAGAACACUGAGGGUUCAUCAGGAGCUGCUUUAUCAGGAUGAGGCUUUUGUCCAGGAUGAAUGUUGUUGGGGUUGUUGUGCUGAUGAUGAGUUUACAUCACAUCUCAUUUUCUUCUGCUCAGGAGUGUCCACCCACUCAUGAUCUCCUGAACUCGCUGCGGCAGGUGGAGAAGAUGUUGGCGAUACACGAGGCAUCUUACCAGCAAGGCCUGCGCUCCCUCAGAAAGAAGAUAAGUGCUCUGCACAACAGCACCAUGGCAAUCUUUAAAAGCGGCAAAAACGCCUCCUGCCCCAAACCAGAAACCCCUGCUCAUGGUCGCAGACUGGGGAGAGUGUUCAGUGUUGGGCAUGAGGUCCACUUCCUGUGCAAACCCGGCUAUGAGCUGAUAGGCCCUCGCACCCGAGUGUGUCUGGAGUCUCUGAAGUGGAGUGGCCAGCAGCCCAUGUGCAGACGCCUCAACAUCACCACCAACUCCUUCUCUCCUGUUGCUCCUUCCUCUUCCUCGUCUUUCCAUGCCUCUGCAGCUCUGUCAGCAUCCUCUUCCUCCUCCUCAGCAUCUUCAUAUUCUCCCUAUUCCUCUUCAUCACCCACGUCAUCCUCUCCCUCCUCCUCCUCCUCUGUCCGACCAUCUCACUGCACACACUUCCUGGGCUCCACCCGCUGCACCUGUGAUGUGGGUUUCACCAUAUCAGGACGUGACAACAACAUCUGCACAGAUAUUGACGAGUGUCAACUGUUCCCUCUGGGUCAGCCCGGUCGGCUCUGCAUCCAUCAGUGUGUAAACACACCUGGAAGCUUCCACUGCUUCUGUCCAGAUGGCUAUGAUCUGGCCCAAGGUGGCCGCAGCUGCACAGACAUUGACGAGUGUGAAAACCAGAUGCACAACUGCACAGCGGACCAGGUGUGUGUGAACACUUUCGGAGGUUUUCAGUGUGUGGCAGUGGAGUGUCCUGAGAUGAAAAAUGCUACAUACAUCAAGACGUCACCAAUGCGUUGUGAAAGGAACCCGUGCAUGAUGGGAGACACGGCCUGCAUUCAAGCACCAAACUCCAUCUCCUUCCACUUCCUGUCUGUGGUGUCCAACAUGUCCGCACCUCGUGUCCUCUUCCGGGUGUCUGCGGCUCGAGUGCUGGGUGACACGCUGCGAUUCGGCCUGGCAGGUGGUCGUGGGCGGGGUCAUUUUAGCGUGCAGCGUUCAGGCCGGCAGACCGGCACCUUACUCCUGGUGACACCCAUCAAGGGUCCAGCCAAUCUGGAGGCUGAAGUGGAGAUGAGCGAGCUGGAGCGCAACACCCUGCUGGGCCGCUACCUCACCAAGGUCACCCUGUUCGUCUCCCCAUAUGAGUUUUAGAGGGGACGGUUAAGAAGUGGGUGUAGGUUUAAACUUCAUCAGGAUUGGGCACAGAUUGUUAUACUAGUUUACCUAGUAAUAAACAAUCAUAGAGUCUACUGAAAUCAGAGAAGUCACUUCUCUUUUUAAGUUGAAAAAUCAUUAAAUGAGUUUUAAAUAGGCCUAUUUACUAAAUACUGUUAUGGAACAGGUCCAAACACAACACACAGAAGCACACUGAACCUCAUUCACACAUUUUUCAUCAAAAAUAUCAUGACAGUGGCUUUGAGGCUUUGUAAUUACUAAAAUACUGUGCUGACACUAUACUGGCUUCGUUAUUACCUAACUGGCCUGGUCACUUAGUUCAGUCGACACACUCUGUUAUGGAGCAGUUCAUACCCCAACACACUAAACUGCAUGAUGCAACACAGCUAAUGAACCACUAUAGCUUCUGUUAGCUACUGCUGCAAAUUCAUGUGUCAAGUUCAUCAAAGUCUAGCCUGACCAUGCAUUAUUUACUGAAGUACUGUAACCAAAUCUGCUGAGUACUGCUAGUUCAUUGGAAUGAAUUAAACUUGCCAUAAAUUUUUAUUCAUUCAUUUUUGAAUGCUGUCACACAAGCAUCAGCUUCCAGGCUUUGAGUUUGAAGCAGGCCGACGGUUUGGGUGAUGGCAAACAUAUAAAAGUGAAUGCAAAAUUGAUGUCCAGCUUGGAUUCAGGCUCUCCUACAGUGGGUAGGUCAUUCAGUCUGUCACUAAGUUAAGCUGUUACAUUCAGUUCAGUAACUACUCUACACAACAUGUAAAUUUGUAAAGUUAACAGCUCAGUUAACAGUUCAGCAGCAUAUUAUUUAAUAUGAUUGGUCAUUUAUUUUAGUGUCUAAUGGAUUUUGAGGUCUUUUAAUAUACUUUUAACAAAUUAUGAAUUAACGGUGCUCUCAGUGCUUUUAGAAAUGUGUUAGUUCAUGUACUGAGCAACGGUACAGCUCAUGGAAGCAGCAGUGCUGAGUAUAAUUUCAUUUGUAUAGCACUAACAGCAAAACUUAUAUUUGUGUUAAACUGGAAAGGUCCCCAUUGUUACUUAGUUUUUGUGUAUGACACUUUGUUUUGUGUUUUUUGUGUUGUUUUGUUUUGUUCUGUUCUGUUGAUAUUAUAUUAUAACGCUGUGUCUUUAAAAUCAAUUCUAAAAAAUGAAAUGAUCUUGGAUCGUACAGAUGGAGAGGUUUAUGGGCAGGAUGACGAAUCUUAUUGCAAGUUUCUAGGUUUAACAAAGGAAGCGUGGGAGGGGUGUCAAACCACUGAGUGCUUUUGGCCUCUUUGUAGGUUACUUAAUCUGUUGAACUUCUUCUGUUUUAUGAAUUCUGUAUAUAAUAUAGCUAAGUUCAAGUACACCAAAGAUAUUUAGUGUUUCUGCUGUUAUAAUUAUAGUAGCGGUGCAACAGCAGGUCAGUCAGCAAACUAGUGUAGAAAUUCAGACUAAAGAAACAAGAUGUGUUUACGUUAUUAUUACUGUGGCUUAACUGUACUUAAGCCCACUGCAUCCACAAAAGAAAAAGAAAUUAAAAAACUAAUUUAAUAAUGGCUACCUUAUGGCAAACAAUCCUUAUCUCAAAAUCAAGAUAAAACUAUCUUAUAGUUACCAGACAAUGUACAAUUGAUGAAAUGGGCAGUAAUUAGAACACUUAACAACUUGCCUGUGAAUCAUCAGGUUGUUAAGAUGUCUUCACUAUCAGAAUUAUUCUGUGAUAGUUGCAGUACAUCCAAUGUUGCACAGCAAAAAAGAAAUUGUUAAAAGCUAAUUCAACAUGCUCCAUUUAUCAAAAUGUUAACAAAUAAAGGCCACAGUGAAACUUACUAUCAUGUUAUUCUCCCUGUCCAAUUACAAAAAACUCUGUUUUGUGAAUGCAGUGCAUAUCUGUACAUUUACAAUCCACAUUAGCUGACGUGUGAUCAUGUUUUUAAUAAAUAUUUUGGUACUUUUUAAAGGCUACACUUCCAGUCUAUGAUACUCAAGAGAUACAUUCUGAGUUCAUUUAAAAGUAUAAAAUAGUGACGGGGUUUUCCUAGUUUGUGCCUCUUAUGUACUAUCAUCACUUUGAAGUCAAAGAGCUAAGCAUCUGCUUAUACAUUAAGAAUUGGCAAAAAGGCCACUUUAGACAUCUAUUAUGUUUGGAAAACUGAAGACCCAACCUGAGAAACAGGUUAGUUAUAUUUUAUUCUUCAACAGAAUCACUACGGUUCAAAAGUUUGGGGUCACUUAAAAAUGUCCUUAUUUUUGAAAGAAAAGCAGAUAUUUCAAUGAAGAUAACAAAAAAUUAAUCAGAAAUCCAGUCUAGACAGUGUUAAUGUGGUAAAUGACUAUUCUAGCUGGAAACAGCUGAUUUUUAAUGGAAUAUCUCCAUAGAGGUACAGAGGAACAUUUCCAGCAACCAUCACUCCUGUGUUCUAAUGCUACAUUGUGUUAGCUAAUGGUGUUGAAAGGCUAAUUGAUGAUUAGAAAACCCUUGUGCAAUUAUGUUAGCACAUGAAUAAAAGUGUGAGUUUUCAUGGAAAACAUGAAAUUGCCUGGGUGACCCCAAACUUUUGAAUGGUUGUGUAUGUUUUUUGUCAUCCAAACAGUAGGAAAAAUCUUUUCUUUCUUAGAAUGCUUUCCAAAUAGUGUUAAGUGUUUAAGCACAUAUGUUUUUGAAAAAGGAUUCCUUAGGUCUGUGGCUUGAUGUUUUGAUGAUGAUAACUUAUAAGAGGCACACACUGAGGCUAUGAAUGAGUCAAUAUAUUUGCCAUUUCUGUGUUAAAGCUGGAAGAUUUUUGCUGAUAUUAUACUUAAGUUUGUAUUCUGAUUAUGUUGCUGAAUGUGUUCUGUUCAGCACAAAAUAAAGGUGUUUGUCCCAAACUUUGCGCCAA